AUGCCUUUCUCAUCCGGGUCCACAACGCGAGCCUUCAGAGCUCGAUCUAUCCCUCUUUUGACCGCAUCGACCAUCUCCUUCGCUGUCUACACAUAUCACUCGCAAGUCAUACGCAACGAUGCGGAAACACCCCUGUCGUAUCCAACCAGAAAGCCAUUAUCACCUACAAUCCCAAUAAGCCCUUAUACUCCCCUUGGCUGGGGCUCGAAUCGGUAUAUGACCCUCGUACCCGAUUCCGCCGUCACUAUCCUUAAGAAACCUUCCCCGCUCCCACAUUUAGGAGCGACACCACUUAGAGAUUUGAUCAUCGCCGAGAAAUACGGAGCAUGCGUUGAUGCUCGAGGAGAUUGUUGGAUGUGGGGAGUAGGAUACGAUCCAUCAGGUCAACUUGGCAGAUCACUCCAGGGCAAACUGUAUUGUCUCAGUACGAACGGAAACCUAUACGUUGUCUCAUCCUCCAGAUCGUUUCAAGCACAUCGACUGGACCGAACAGAUCGAUCUUGGUAUUCUCGCUUUUGGCCUUUUGGCACCGAUCCAGGAGUGGAUUACGUUCAAUUGAAACCUCAAGGUGGUCUCAGACGAGGUGAAAGAUGGGAGAACCUCUCUGCCGGAACACAUCAUCUACUAGCAGUCACAAACAAAGGCAGAACAUUUUCAUUACCUAUUUCUCCCGCAGGUAACUCACAUCGUCAACUUGGUACUCGGCAAAUCAUUCACACACCUUUCCCAGUUCCCGCUUCUCUCUCUACCAGUGAAACACCACCCGACCUUCCACCAGAAGCCGAUCCUAGGUUUGCCACCACUUUGACCGAAAUCCCUUCUUUGACCGGAGUGAACAUAGCUCAAGUGGUGGCGUCAGAUCGAACAUCGUUCGUUCGUACAACUGGAGGACGUGUUCUGGGAUUCGGAGCUAAUGAACUGGGACAAGUCGGUUUGGGAUCAAAUGCGAUUGUGGACACGGUUCAGACACCAGUGGAAAUCGUACUUGCACGGAAUUAUCCAGGAGGAACGCAGGUGAAAUGUCUUGAUGUUUAUGCAGGUGGACAAACGACGUUUUUCGUGGUGGAGAGUACCAAGCCGGAAAAGGCACCUUUAAUCGACUUGCUAGCUUGUGGGAAUGGGAUUAGCGGUGCUUUAGGGAACGGAUUAUGGAGUUCAGCAGUGGGUCAACCGGUUAGAGUUAAGACAGUCAGCGGUUUACAAGAAUUUUCCGAGAAAGCCAACGCGUUCCUUCCUUUAGCAAUACAUUCUAUAUCCGUUUCAUCCUCUCCAUGGGCGCAUGCUGUAGCGGUGCUGGAUACUGUUAGUCAGGCGGAUGAGAAAGGCGUGAAAGCAGGUCGCUAUGGGAAAGAUGUCAUGGUAUGGGGUGGUAAUUCCGAUUAUCAACUAGGAAACGGUAAACGCUCUAGUCUCGCCAUACCCCAACAUCUUCCUCCAUUGAUUUCCUCCUCAGCAGAAAGAGAGGAUCUUUUAAGCACCCCUGAAUCAGAACUUAAUUCGGGAUCGCUCACGCAUAUGCCGCAUUUCAGAUUACAGCUUCAUCAAAGCAAAGCGGACGCAUAUGAUUUGGAAGGAAAGUUGAUCAAACGGAAGGUCAAAUGUGAAGAAACGGUGGUGGCAGGUUACAACGCCAGUGUGUUAUAUAACAAGAUCAUUGACUAG